AUGCUGAACUAUCAGCCACAAUUACACUCUCUGCCCGGCGGCAAUGCCAGCAAUUUCUACUACGGCCCGACGGGAUCACAUCCCCUAGCAGCCGCCGGCGAGUCCUAUCCAUCGCAUCCGUCGCACAAUCUCGAUGCCGAGGAAAAACUACACGAACGCGACGGCACUGCCAGGGACCUGGACAAAAUGCAUCGCUUCUCGGUGGACAAUCUCAUCGAACUGAAGCACGAUGUCUAUGCCAAGGGCAAGCUUUCCAUGGAAAUCAGUAACAAUUAUGGCGGCGGUGGCGGUCCCAGUGGCUGCACCAGCAAUCUCUCGACGGGACACUCGAGGAAACCGCGACGGAAUCGCACCACCUUCAGCUCCGCCCAGCUGACGGCCCUGGAGAAGGUGUUCGAGAGAACCCACUAUCCGGAUGCGUUUGUACGCGAGGAGCUGGCCACCAAGGUGCAUUUAAGCGAGGCACGAGUGCAGGUCUGGUUUCAGAAUCGCCGUGCAAAAUUCCGCCGCAACGAACGAAGCGUGGGCGCCCGUCCACUGCUGGACACCGCAUCCCAACUGGUGCCAGCGCCCCUCAGCAAUACCAUGCACAAAUAUGCGAACAUGAGCCACCCACCGCCACCGCCCCCGCCCGGGGCAUAUGCCCUAAACUUUGCACCGCUGGAGCUGCGCUCUUGCCAGAACUACACGAACUGCUAUGCGGGAUUCGGAACGAAUCCCUCCAACGGCAACGGCAUGUGCUCCUUCUUUGGGGCCACCAACUAUUGUGUGGCAGCCAACUAUGCCAAGAAUGCUUAUCCGCCGCUUUGAUGACAGCAACGACGAUGCCCACCACGGCGAUGGCGAUGGCGAUGGCGAUGAGGACCGCAAUCUUUUAAUGGGCCCCGUGAGGUUACUACGUCCACUCACUUGUGUGUAUUUCAA